UAAAAGCUAGGUGCCUGCAUUCGGUUGCUCGUCUCCUUCGUCAGAAGGAAAUUCAUUUCCUUUUGAGGGUUUAAGUUUGGAUUCUCUAUGUCAAGUUCAGUUACUUAAAAAAUCACACCAUCUUCUUCAAUUUCCAGGCCGGAUCUCCCAUCAGGUGAAAUGAGAUGACGUCUUCACAGCCAUCACAUAAUGUUGAGCUUGAGGCUGCAAAAUUUCUGCAGAAACUCAUUCGAGAUUCUACAGAUGAGCCGGAAAAAUUGGCUACAAAACUCUAUGUGAUAUUGGAUCACAUGAAAAGAAGUGGGAAGGAACAUUCUUUGCCAUAUCAAGUGAUAUCAAGGGCCAUGGAGACUGUCAUUAGCCAACAUGGUCUUGAUGUCGAAGCAUUAAUCUCCCGCCUUGCCUCAACAGAUGGAACUCAACUAGGGGACUCAGCAGGAUCUUCCCAGGCGGCUGGAGUUGCACAAGAUUCUAAAGUGGGUUUGGCUGAAAAUGAAAUUUCUGAAAGUGAUCCAUUUGCUUCUAGCAGGCCACCUGUUGGCCCUAGUGGGGCAGGCCAAGAUUAUUAUCAAGGACCUGGAACUCACAGGAGCAGUCAGUCAUUUGAUCAUGAAAGUCCUUCUAGUUUGGACACUAGAUCUGCUAACUCCCAAUCCCAAGAAAGAGGGGCGAAUCAAAAGGAUGGAAAAAAAGCUGCUGCUAAGAGGAAGAGGGGUGAUUCUUCUCUUCCAUCGGAAUCACAUACUGACAACCCUCAACAACAUGAUGCUCGCAGCGGCGUAGUUAAUCAGCGGAAGGCUAAAACAAACAAGAUUGACUCAGCGGGGAGUUUUCCAGCUAGAGGUGGUGAAAAUGCUGGCUUUAAUAUGGUUCCUGGUAGUUGCCAUCUGGAUGUUUCUUCUGCUCAUAUACCGGCUGGGCAACAAGGUGUUUCCCUUCCAUCUGCCCAUGAAAAUCUAUCUUCCAGGACUGCAUGGAAUCAAAAUAAGACUGGCUUACCCUUGGAAAGAUCCCAAGUUCCAAGGUUUUCUUCUAAUUCGUUGUCUGGUAAUAUGAUGGCUGAAGUUCCAUUGCAGCAACCAACAACAUCAUCUCUUGGAGCUGGUCCUAUUAGCAAGGUUCAUGGAGGAAUGCCUAUCAUUUCCAGUUCAUACUCAAUGGGGGAGCUAGGAUUCUCAGGCCAAGUUCCCUUUGGUAGUUCUGAAUUUCUGAAGCAUGGAUUAGCUAAAGGUUCUGUAUCAAGUCCUUCUGAGAAAACUAUGGAAGCUCAUUUUUCACCUACUAAUCGGGUGGAUGACUUGCCACCGUCACUUUCCACUGGAAGGAUGGAAAAUGAUGGGGGAAGUUCAAAUAUUUUUGCAGAUGCGAACAAGAUUAUUCAGGGUGGCCGACAGAAUAAUAAUUCUGAAAUGACAAUGCUUAGAGGUACUACUCCUAGAGAUAUGGGAAAAUUUGUUGUUUCUCAGCCUGGAAAUCCUUUCAAGGAUCAGCAAUUGAAACAGCUCAGAGCCCAGUGCCUUGUAUUUUUAGCUUUCAGAAAUGGUUUGGUGCCAAAGAAACUCCAUCUUGAAUUAGCACUUGGAAAUAUUUUUCCUAAAGAUGGUAGUAAUUCAGAAGGCCCCCGCAGAGAGCUGAUUGAUCACAGAGGAAAGGCACAAUCUCCUCUUGAGCCCACUAGCAUUCCUGAGGUUUCAAUGCCAUUUGGGAGGCUGAAUAAUGCAAAGGAAAGUGAUGGAGUUUCUCCAGGCACCUCAUGUACUGGUAGAUUCUUGGAUGGAAACUCCUUGUCUAAAGAAUGCGAUAAAAAAAUGGAGGACAGAAAUGCUCAACCUACAGACGUCUCAGUACACAUGGACGAAAAGAAACACCUUUUUGCUACUAGAAGACUGGAGGCCGAAAUACAGAGCCAGGACAAGGUGGAAUCGCAGGCACUGUUCACCACCGCAAUGCAGCAACCUGAUUCAGCAAGGAGUGGUUUAGCAUCUAGUAACCCUAUGCACAGCAUAGAAAAUGGCCAUCUGCAAGCAGGAAGGGGUGACCUAGCUGCUUCUGUAAUGAACAUAAAUAAACAAGUGAACCCUGAUGCAAUUAGCUGGACUGGAAUUGGAAACCAUAAAGAAGCCCGGGGAUCCCUUCCAUCCACUGCUGUUCAGCAUGAAUUGGUACCUGAUAGAAAAGAUAAUUGCCCUCGUCAGUUUCAAAGUCGCGGUGGCAGUAAUAUUUCAGAACAAGAUGAGGAAGACAAGUCAGCUUCUUCUGAUUCUCCACCUUCUCCAAAAUAUACCAUGUCAGAAAAAUGGAUUAUGGAUCAGCAGAAAAAGAAGCUAUUAGUUGAGCAAAAUUGGGUUCUAAAGCAGCAAAAAACCAAACAAAGGAUUGCAACUUGUUUUGCAAAGUUGAAGGAAACCGUAAACUCAUCCGAAGACAUAUGUGCAAAAACCAAAAGCGUCAUAGAAUUGAAAAAGCUUCAGCUGUUGGAGCUCCAACGUCGUCUUAGGAGUGAUUUCCUGAAUGAUUUCUUUAAGCCAAUCACGUCUGACAUGGACCGCUUAAAAUCAUUUAAGAAGCACAAACAUGGUAGAAGAAUAAAACAACUUGAAAAAUUUGAGCUGAAAAUGAAGGACGAGCGACAAAAGAGGAUUCGUGAGAGGCAGAAGGAGUUCUUUGCUGAGAUAGAAGUUCAUAAGGAAAGGCUGGAGGAUGUGUUUAAGAUUAAGAGAGAACGGUGGAAGGGUUUUAAUAAAUAUGUGAAGGAGUUCCAUAAAAGGAAGGAGCGUAUCCAUCGGGAGAAGAUUGACAGGAUUCAGCGUGAAAAGAUUAAUUUAUUAAAGAUUAAUGAUGUAGAGGGUUAUCUGCGAAUGGUGCAGGAUGCAAAAUCAGAUCGUGUUAAGCAACUGCUGAAGGAGACUGAGAAGUAUCUUCAGAAGCUGGGAUCCAAGUUACAAGAUGCAAAGGUUAUGGCAAAGCGCUUUGAAAAUGAUAUGGAUGAGACCAGAAUAGCAACUACUGUUGAGAAGAAUGAAGCUGCUUUUGAUAAUGAAGACGAAAGUGAUCAAGCGAAGCAUUACAUGGAAAGCAAUGAGAAGUACUAUAUGAUGGCUCAUAGCGUAAAAGAGAGUAUUUCGGAGCAGCCAACUUGCCUUCAUGGUGGAAAAUUAAGGGAAUACCAGAUGAAUGGACUGAGGUGGUUGGUUUCACUAUACAACAAUCAUUUGAAUGGGAUUCUUGCUGAUGAAAUGGGCCUCGGGAAAACUGUUCAGGUUAUAUCACUUAUCUGUUAUUUGAUGGAAACCAAAAAUGACAGAGGUCCUUUCUUGGUGGUUGUACCUUCUUCUGUUUUACCGGGAUGGGAGUCGGAAAUCAAUUUCUGGGCCCCAAGCAUACAUAAAAUUGUAUAUUCUGGGCCUCCAGAGGAGAGGCGUAAGCUAUUUAAGGAAAAAAUUGUGCACCAGAAGUUCAAUGUCCUUCUGACGACAUAUGAGUAUCUGAUGAACAAGCAUGACAGACCAAAACUGAGUAAAAUACAUUGGCAUUACAUUAUAAUUGACGAAGGUCAUCGCAUAAAGAAUGCUUCUUGCAAAUUGAAUGCUGAGUUAAAACACUAUCAGAGUGCACACAGAUUGUUGUUAACUGGAACACCUCUACAGAACAAUCUCGAGGAGUUGUGGGCACUGCUUAAUUUUUUGUUGCCUAACAUCUUUAAUUCAUCAGAGGAUUUUUCUCAGUGGUUCAACAAACCAUUUGAGAGUAAUGCUGAUAGUUCAGCUGAUGAAGCUCUACUAUCUGAAGAGGAGAAUUUGUUGAUCAUUAAUCGUCUCCAUCAAGUUCUUCGACCAUUUGUACUUCGAAGACUGAAACACAAGGUUGAGAAUGAACUGCCUGAAAAGAUCGAGAGACUUAUAAGGUGUAAUGCUUCUGCAUAUCAGAAGCUUUUGAUGAAGAGGGUGGAAGAGAAUCUUGGGUCAAUUGGAAAUUCAAAGGCUCGAUCAGUGCACAACUCAGUCAUGGAGCUCCGGAAUAUCUGUAACCAUCCAUAUCUUAGUCAGCUUCAUGUGGAUGAGGUUGAUAACUUGAUACCUAAGCAUUUUCUGCCGCCAAUUAUUAGGCUUUGUGGAAAGCUUGAGAUGCUCGAUCGGAUCCUGCCAAAACUGAAAGCAACAGACCAUCGAGUUCUUUUCUUUUCAACAAUGACUAGGCUGCUUGAUGUUAUGGAGGAGUAUCUCACCAUGAAAAAGUAUCGGUACCUGCGGUUGGAUGGACAUACUUCUGGGAAUGAGCGUGGUGCCCUUAUAGAACAGUUCAACAAAUCAAAUUCUCCCUAUUUUAUUUUUCUGCUCAGCAUUCGGGCUGGUGGUGUAGGAGUGAAUCUGCAAGCUGCUGAUACUGUGAUCAUAUUUGAUACUGAUUGGAAUCCUCAGGUGGAUCUUCAAGCACAAGCAAGGGCUCAUAGGAUUGGUCAGAAGAGGGAUGUGCUUGUUCUUCGAUUUGAAACGGUCCAAACUGUUGAAGAACAAGUCAGAGCUUCAGCUGAGCAUAAACUGGGAGUUGCUAACCAAAGUAUUACUGCUGGUUUCUUUGACAAUAAUACAAGUGCGGAAGACCGUAGGGAAUACUUGGAGUCCCUUCUACGGGAGUGCAAGAAAGAGGAAGCUGCCCCUGUAUUAGAUGAUGAUGCUCUAAAUGAUAUCUUAGCCCGCAGUGAGUCAGAGAUUGAUGUGUUUGAAUCAGUUGACAAGCAGAGGCGGGAAGAUGAGAGGGCAACAUGGAAUAGCUUGCUAUUGGGACACGGUAUGGAUGUUCCUGGGCUGCUACCUCCACUGCCUUCUCGCCUUGUGACGGAUGAUGACUUGAAAUCAUUCUAUGAAGUGAUGAAGUUGUAUGAUGUACCUAAGACUGGGCCAGCUAGUAAUAUUGGCGUUGGGGUGAAGCGGAAGGGGCAGUCUGUUGGUGGCCUUGAUACUCAGCAUUAUGGACGGGGCAAACGUGCAAGAGAGGUGCGCUCCUAUGAAGAGCAAUGGACAGAAGAGGAAUUUGAAAAGAUGUGUCAGGUUGACUCUCCUGAGUCCCCUAGCAUGAAGGAAGAAAUUACAGAAAGGAACUUGCCAAAAGAUGAUAGUGUGCCUGUGGUGGCAAUUUGUGUCACAGAAGCUCAGGCCCCACUGCCACCACUCCCUCCACCACAAGCAAUGGAGCCUCCACCACAAGCAAUGGAGCCUCCACCACAAGCCGUGGAGCCUCCACCACUGCAACAGAGCAAAGAGGUAACUCCGCCAUCUAAGCGGGGACGUGGCAGGCCGAGAAGAACAACCUCAGAUAAAUCUCCAACAGCAGUAGUACAUCCAGCAUCAUCUGGAAAUGGAAAAGCGGAUAGCGGAUUGCAGAAAGGAAUUGAGUUAAUCCCCUCAAAAUCCUUUGUCCCUGAUUCUUCUUCUGGUUCAGAUAUAGGGGUUACUAAUAUAGCUGCACCUCAGGCUAGUAUAGGGAUUGCUCCUUGUUCUGAGCCUACAACCCCUUCAGUUUCUGUUACACCCAGCUCACAAUCUACUGCUGCUUCUGUUGUUACUCCUGGCUUACAAUCUAAUUCUGCUUCUGUUGUUACUCCUGGAUCACAAUCUACUUCUGCAUCUGUUGUUACACCUGGCUUUCUAUCUAAUUCUGCUUCUGUUAUUACUCCUGGCGUUCAAUCUGCUCCUGCUGGGUCUCCUGUACUUAUCCAAUCUAGAGGGCGAGGUCGGAAGGCUCAAAGUGGAGUACAAGCACCACGGCGCAGGGGAAAGAAACAGGAGGCAAUACUGCCCGCUCCUCAAAAUUUGGCUGUUCCUGCUCCAAGUAUAAAUGACCAAUCACAUGAUACAUCUGUUAAUCAAUUAGUCAGUGUCACAAGUGGAACUGUUUCUAGUGUUCCCAUGGCUCAUUGUCAGAGUAGUUUAUCUGCUGCUACCACAGAACUCACUAGUGGAACUACUAAUUCUGAACCGGUGAUUGCUUUGGAUUCUAAGUCAGCCCCUCCUAUCUCUUCUAACUCUACUACUGUUCAGUGCUCUGCACCUUGUCCUUCUGCUCCUACACAAAUGAAAGGGCAAGGCCGGAAGACACAAAGUGGUGCAGGAGCCGGAACACCACGACGUAGAGGAAGGAAACAAGCCAUGAUAUCGCCUGUUUAUCCAGAUGCUUUGGUGAGUCAGGUUAUAUCAGAUAAACUUCUGCAGAUGAAAUCUGAGGAGCCAUCGGGAAGUAAAGCCACAGUUGUUAUGAGUAGCCAAGAGACUCAUGGUUGUGAACAGAAGGAUAUUGACCUGGAUAAAUCAACUAAGUUUUCCGGUCAGGAUAAAAAAUCAGCCAAGCAAUUGGAUGAUGUAGCCCAAACUCGGCAACCAAUCUGCUCCUCAGCAAUGAAUAUUGGUACAUCUCCUGGUCAGAUUCUAAGUGCUGAUAUGCGUGAUGCGGCUUCGCUGACAAUGGAGUUCUCAGCUGAAAAUAGCCCUUCAAAAGCUAAAGUUGGUGAACAAGGAAAUGUAGGUAGCAUUUCUCUACUUACACCUACGAUAACUAAUACCUCUACAGAGGUGGUUCUCAGCCAAUGCUCAGAGGAUAAAGCAUGCCCUGCUGUCGGUCAUCCGAGAGAGUCGUUUCCUGGUUCUGCUGCUGUGGAAGGCAGUGCCAAAUCUGUGCCUCAGGUAGCUGUGGAGAUUACUUCCAGUUCCCAGCCAAUUGCAUCCUGUCCUUCUGUUUCUCCAUCCUCCCAAUCCAUCCUUCCUGAAGCCAUCCAAGUUAAAAGGCAGGGUCGAAAGACUCUAAAUAGAGCAGAAGCACCUAAGCACCGGGGAAAAAAACAGGUUCCAGUUUCAACUGCUGUCGAUGCUUUGGCUGGUCAGGAUUCCGAAAUAAAUUCACAAUCACAUAACAAAUCCAGGGAUUUAUCAGGGAGGAGGACCAUGUCUUUGAGAAGUAGACAAGAUAGUGAUCUUAAGGAAGCUGCCCAUAUCGUUCAGGAGGUGUGUUUACCUAGUAGCUUAGUUGGUCAAGAUCCAAAAAGAAAAGAGACUACUGGAAUUCCUGCUUUUAGCCGAAUUCAGACUGCUGAUGUGACUGAUGUUGCACGUGUGAUGAAGGAGAUUUUCUCUGAGACUUGCACAUCAAAAAGUAAAAUGGGUGAGUCUUUUAGGAAUGAAGGAACAAGUACCUCAAUUACACCUUUAUUAAGUAAGACACAUGUAGAGGUUGUGAAAAACCAAAGGUUAGAGGAAAAAUUGCCCUCAACUUUGGAAGCACCAAUUCCAUUUCCGAGGACUUCAGUUGACAGUUCUAGCCAGUCUGAGUCUGGAGAUGGUGUUAAGAUGGAAGAUGACCAUGUGUUCACUUCAAUUUUGAGAAAUGACAGCUGUGUUGAGAACUUAGCGGAUUCAGGACAGGCUUCUUGUGAAAACCAAGUCACAGAGGGCAAUAUGGAGGCCACCUGUGCAGCUCCAGUCACUGUUGGUGAAGAGGACAAUGUAACUUGCAAUAGACCUGUUCCUGAUCAGCUCGCAGGUCCUAGUCCAGGGUCCUCUGCGAAUGUAAACUCAACAGUUGCAUCUCGAGAUGCAGCAGAGCCUUCUGAAAAGACUAAUGUUUCUUCUUGUAGACCCUGCCCUGAUGAACUUGCUGGUCCUAGUUCUGUGUCCUUUGGGAAUGAAGUAAUUUUAGCAGUUGCAUCUCAAGGUGCAGCAGAGCCUUCUGGAUUGACUCAUGUUUCUUCAUGCAAACCUAGCUCUGAUGAACUCGCUGGUUGCAGUUCACAGUCCACUGGGAAUGAGGUACUUUUAGCAGUUGCAUCUCAGGAUGAAGCAGUGCCUUCUGGAAUGACUGAUGUUUCUUCUUGCAUACCUGAUCCUGCUGUACUUGCUGGCCCUAGUCCAGGGUCCUCUGAGAAUGAGGUACUUCUAGUAGUUGCAUCUCAAGGUGCAGCAGAGCCUUCUAAAAUGACUCAGGAUAUUUUUGGAGAUGAAACUGUUCUUUCUUCGAAUGAGCCACAAAAGUCUUCCCCUGCUGGUGUUGGGUGUCCUGUAAUUUCUCAGGAGGCUGCUGAUGGUGGCGAUAAUCUCACGGUAAUUCAACAUGCUUCAGUUGUUAUGGAGCCUUGUGACGAUAAUUCAACUGAAGAAGUAGAGGCUUCAGCAAAAGUAUCUUCUGAACUCGUAGUUGCUAUAGAAGGUUCUGCAAAUGCUGUUGGUCAUUCCUUCGUCAGCACACAUAUUACUCCUCGUCCAAGUCCAGAUUCUGGUGCAGAUGGCACUCCUGCAGUGACCGAAACUGAACCUGGUAACAUCAAUGCGCCUUCUUUGCAAGUGUCUGUAGAUACUAGAAGCAUUCAAGGUCCCACAAUUUGCAUAAAAGACGGUGGUUGUGAUCAGCUUAUAGAGUCUGCACAAAUUUCUGCUAGUCCUUCCCAUUCCAAAGAUGUAGACUUGCCUAGCAUGGCCCUGAACAGUUCUAACAAUGAAAUACAGCCUUGUCCAAAAGAGCCUCUGGAACUUUCUGCUCAUGGCUGUAGAAGCCUUGAAGGCUCUACAAUUUCUGGAUCAUUUGAUGCUAUGGGUAGUCAUUCUCCGCUGGCUAAGUCUUCACUAACACUAGAUCAACCAAAAGGAUCUGAAGCAGAAAUGGGUAAUCAGGGGGGUGUCUCUCAAACUGGUGGGAUUAUAGCAGAUGAUUUAUCAGAUAAUAUGGUUUUGCCUUCAUCUCCUUUGAUUAUGGAGGAAGAAAAGAACAGAGGGUCAUCCGAACAGGAUUUAUCUGGGAGCCUUAUUGGACCAAGGGAAUCAGUAAGUUCUGAACAUGAAAUCACUCAGCAAAUGGAUGUAUCACAUGAUAUUGCUGUGCCAAAGACUAUAUCACAAAACAUGGUUCUACACUCAUCUACUUUGCCAACUAAAGCAGACAAAUUGAACAGCACUUCUGAGAAGGGUCAAGUUUACAGCUUGGUGCAAGAGGAACCAAAAGGAUCUGAAGCUGAAAAGGGUGAUGGGAUGAGUGCGUCUGAGGUUAGUAUGGCUGCGCCUAUAUCGGAAAACAUGGAUAUUCUAUCAUCUUCUCCGGCAAUAGAAAACAAGGUUGAUGGCUCAUCUGAUGAGGGUAUGCAAUGCAGCUUAGCAUUAACAGUAGAAUCAAAAGGGUCUGAAAGUGAAAAUAAUGAUCAGUUGGAUGUUUCUCUGGUUGGUGCAGUUCUGCCUGAAACUGGAAAAAGUGAUCCAAUGGAUAUUUCUGAGGUUGUCGAGGUUGAAAAAGGGGAUGAGCUAAGUGCAUCUGAGGCUGUUAUAUCUGAAAACAUGGAUAUUCCAUCAUCUUCUUUGGUAAUAGAAAAAGACAAGGCUGGUGGCUCAUCUGACAAGGGUCUGCUUUGCAGCUUAGUUUUACCAGCAGAAUCAAAAGGGUCUGAAAGUCGAAAUAAUGAUAAGAUAGAUGUUUCCCAGGUUGCUUCGAUUGGGCCUGGAACUGAAAAAAAUGAUCAAAUAGGUAUUUCUCAGGCUGUUGAGGUUGAAAAGGGUGUUGAGAUGGGCGUGCCUGAGGUUGUUAUUGUUGAGCCUAUAUCAGAUAACAUGGAUAUUCCGUCAUCUUCUUUGGUAAUAGAGAAAGAUGAGGCUGAUGGCUCAUCUGAUAAGGGUCUGCAUUGCAGCUUAGUAAUACCAGCAGAAUCAAAAGGGUCUGAAAGUCAAAAUAAUGAUCAAAGAGAUGUUUCUCAGGUGUGUGCAGUUGUGCCUGAAACUGAAAAGAGUGAUCAAAUGAAUAUUUCUCAGGCUGUUGAGGUUGUCCCUCUAAUUGAGAACAGUGAUCAAAUGAAUGUUCCUCAAGUUGAUGAGCUUGCGCCUGAAAUUAUAUCAGAAAAUGUGGUUUUGUCUUCAUCUUCCCUCGCCUUGGAGGAUGAGGAUGGCAAGGCUGUUAAAGGCCCAUCUGAAAUAAAUAAAAAUGGCAGCUCAGUGGAACAGGAAUCAAGAGGAUCUGAAACUGAGAAAUGCAAGUCAAUUGUUGCAUCCCAGGUUGGUGGAAAUGUGCCUGAAACUACAUUAGAAAGCGAUGUUGAGCCUGCACCUUGCUCGGGGAUGGAAGACGUGCAGAUUGACGAUUCAUUGGAGAAGAGCCCUCAUAGCAUCAUGGUAGAAUUGGAGAAAUCUCGUCCAAUGGGUGAAUCUCUUGAUGCUGGGAUAGGGCCCAAAGAUUCUCAGGUUCGUAGUAUGAAGCCUAAAGAUUCUCAGGAUUGUAGCAUUGUGCUAGAUGGAUCUAGAAAUGUUCUCCUACCUACAUAUGUUUCAGCAAUGCAUGAAGAGAACACUGAGGAUGCUCCUAUUAAGAUUCCAGAGGCAACAGAAACGUGUGAAGCUGAAAUAGAUGAUCAAAGUGAGUGUAGUGGGAUGAUUUCAGACAAUGUGUUGGGAAAAGAGGUUCUAUCUACAUCUUCUUUGGUGGCGGAGGGGGAAAAAGUUGAUGUCUUAUCUGAGAAUGCUGCAGUUGACAGCUUAGAAGCAUCCACGGUGUCAAAAAUGUCUGAAGCUGAAGUAGGUGAUCGAGUAUCUUGUCCUGAGGUUGGUGGAAUUAUACCAGGGAAAGUAUCUGCCAACAUUGGCUUACCUCCAUCAUCAUUGGAGGUAGGGGAUGAUAAAACUGAGGGCCUAUUUGGAAAAGAUGAAGCUCAGUAGCACUAGAGAAAUCACAAGAAUUUGUAGCCAAGUAUAUGAAUCAAGAAAUUUGUUGUACAGCUGUGUUAAUUUCCUGCUACAUGUAAGCCAACUGUGAGGGGGCUGAAUUGACACAUUUAUUCAUCAUGUACUGUAUUUUCCCCCGUAUAACUAAUUUAGUUGCAUUGUUAUAGAGUUCUCAUCUUCAAAAUA